UCUGCCAUUUUCUCCAAUGCUUUCUUUCCCUCUGUUGAUGAUUCUAAAUCAUGAUAAGAGAAAACAGAUUAAUUUAUAUUUAAAUUCAUAAAAUGAUAAUAACAAUACUAUAAACAGUUCAAUUUAAAAAUUUUGGCGCAUAGGGCACACAAGACUUCAAUAGUAAGAGAAAAAUAUAACUAUGUAUUUCUACUAUAGGUUGGGUGCACAUGCAUUUAGAACUGCACUUCAAUUUGAAAUAAACAACAAAGAAUUCAUUUAUAAAAGGCCUAUAACAAAAUAAUUCGUUUUUUAACUAAAAAAACUUAUAUGCAUGCCUUAAUAUCACAAACCUUUGAUCAUCAAAAUCCGUGCACUAUGGAUUCCUGGAAAGCCAUGGCAGCUAGCUUUCACCGUUUCACCCACGUUGUAGCCGCUAAAAUCUUUCCUCGGUUCUUUAAUUCGAGUCAGACUGAUGGUGCUUACUUUCUCUUCGUCUAUCCAUUCCACAAGAGCGUGCAUCUUGUUUGUAAAUACGGGUAAAUUAUUCCUUAUUCCCUUCGACCUUUUGGCCUUUCACCUACGGUCUUGCUUAAAUUUUUCAAACUGGUCAUCGUGACCAAUGAAAAUGCUUCGUUUUCCCGCAAAGACUUUUGACCAAUCAGCGAGGAGAAUGCUUCAACAUCGGAAAUUAAUAGACUAUUGAAAUAUAGGUUAAUUGAACUUAUAAGAUAACCAGUUGAUAAUAAUUUGUCGUUUUUAUAUAUGAUAACAUUUAUUAAACUGUCAUCACUUCGCUGAUCGAUAGUUAAACAUUUAUGAUGAAACUUCGGCAAUACGGAAAAUGCCGAUCUGUUUUCUUCCGGUUACAACAUCCGGUAAAAUCGAAGAAGAAGGCGCCAUUAUUGAAUGUAGAAACAUGAAUCCCCAAAAACGCGGUCGAUAUAAAGUUUAUCUCGCUGAUAAAUCUGUCCCAGUUCCGAAAGUUUCGCUUUGGCGAAUGACGAAAGAAGAAAAUACAUAUGAUGAACGCAAUGAUGCCUCCUGUGUGCCCCAAGAGACCGUGUCCGACGAUGCUCCAGUGAAAUUCAUAGAUUCGUUUCACCAGCAAGCAUUUCUCGACAACCAGGGUGUACCUAACAUUUCUGAUGUUGAAGAAGAGCAAGGAGAAUUUGCAAGCAAGGAUGAAUAUUGGAGGAUUGAAGAUGAAGACUUUGAGCAAGAUGAAGAUGGUUGUGAUAGUGAUCAGACCAGUGUCCCUUCCAAUGCAGGAAAUACGUCGGAAGCUGAUCAGCCUCUAUACAGUGGAGCUACUAUAACCCUGGCCACAAGCAUGAUUCUGCUGAUUUCGUAUGCAAUGCGACACUCUUUGACCGGGGAAGCCAUAGCUGAUCUACUGGUCCUGAUAGACCUGCAUUGCCUCACACCAAAUCUGUGCCAGCGGAACAUGAAAACCUUCAUGGACUUCUUUAGGAACUGUAAAUCACCUUUACAGUUCCAUUACUAUUGUGAGAACUGUUUUCUGUACCAUGGAGAAGAAAAGGUGGAUAUGUGCCCAAGUUGCAGUACCAGAUCUAAGAAGAACACAACAUCGUACUUCCUGGUCAUACCUAUUGUAUCCCAGUUAUCUUCACUUUUUGCAGAUGAAGAACUGGUGAGACAAAUCAGAGAGUACAAAGCUUCUGCACGCACUGAUGACAACGUAAUCCAUGAUAUCUGUGAUGGAAAGCUGUACAAAGAGAGGUUCAGAAAGGAUGGGUAUUUUCAUGGGACAACUGAUGCUCAACUUGGAGAACUUCACAUCUCAUUGCAGAUGAACACAGAUGGAGUGUCCUUAUUCCGUUCUUCCAAUUUUUGCAUUUGGCCAAUCUAUUUCGUCAUCAAUGAACUUCCGCCACAUCAGAGGUUUUCCAGAAAGAAUCGUAUUUUUGGAGGAUUAUGGUUUGGCUACAGUAAACCAGACUUCUGCACAUUCCUACGGCCUUUUGCACAAAGUCUUCAUGACCUUUACCAGUCAGGAUUGCAAAUGGAGAAUUUGACAGUAAGGGGCCUUAUGCUGAAUGGAACAUUUGACUCUCCAGCCCGGUGCCUUUUCCAAAACAUGACACAGUUUAAUGGAUUUUAUGGCUGUCCUUAUUGCCAUGCUCCAGGAAGGACUGUGCAGACAAGUGAGAGAGGCCACACCCUUGUGUAUCCGUUCAACAUGGACUCUACAACAGGGUAUCAUGAUCUGCGAACCCAUGAUUCCUUCACCAGGAACGGAGAACAGGCACAACAAAACAAAGCAAAUGGAGGAACACAGACCAUACUCGGUGUGAAAGGACUAACAUGGUUUUCCUACCUCCCAAACUUUGAUAUCGUUCGAGGAGUAGGAGUUGAUUAUAUGCAUUGUGUCCUUCUUGGAGUCGUCAAGAUGCUGCUGAAUUUAUGGUUUGACAAGUCGCACAGGAACAGCAUUUUCAGCAUCUCCUCAAAAAUUCAGGAAGUGGACCAACGCCUUCUUAACAUCAAACCACCGAGUUUUAUCACUAGACUGCCAAGAUCUCUUACUGAUGUUUCCCAUUAUAAGGCUGCUGAAUUCAAGAACUUUCUCCUGUAUUAUGGACUGCCUUGCCUUUAUGGAAUUUUACCAGCAGAACAGUACCACCAUUUCUCCCUCCUUGUGUUUUCCACAUACAUCCUUCUACAGGAGAAGAUAUCAGCAACCAACAUCCUCCACUGUAGGCAGAUGGUAAUGGAAUUUGUGCUUAACAUUCCUGUUCUUUAUGGAGAACGAUAUUCAACAUCCAAUACACAUCUUCUGCUCCAUUUGACAGACAAAGUGAUGGACCUUGGACCAUUAUGGGCCAGCUCAUGCUUCUAUUUUGAAGACUUUAAUGGACAGCUACGACAUCUUUUCCAUGGCACCCAGCAUAUCGAAACACAGAUUGCGUUUGCUGUUGGUGUCCAUCAAAGUCUUCCAAAACUGGCCAAGUCUCUAAAGCAUGGAACAAGUGAGAAGGAUCUGUAUGUGAAAAUGAUGGAGAAAAAACCUCAGAGGACUGGUGAAUGUAUUGGAGAUGGAUUCUGUGUAGUUGGUGCAUAUAACAACAGGACAUUUGCUCCAGAUGAAGAAGCCGCAAUUUGUGAAACACUUGGAGAUUUCAAUUCAGCACUUUUCUUUAAACGUCUGUCCAUAGGACAUCAGAUUGUGCAUAGUACGGAAUACAAAUCCACGCAAAGAAGAAACAAUGCCAUUGUUAAAUACAAGGACAAUUUUGGUGAAGUGAAAACUUUUGUUAAAGUGAAUGUAAAUGAAGAGACAUGUGUUCUAGCGCUCAUCCACCCAAUGGAAAGAUCCACAGUUACAAUCCCUAACUGCCAAAGAGCUGCGAAUAGCCACUCCAUACCAUUGAGGCCACCAUCAAGAAGAUAUAUUGUAGCUGUGCCAGUGAAGGACAUUUGCGAAGUAUGUGUAUGUGUUUUGUUGAGCGAUGAACUUUGUUUUGUUUCGGCAACACCAAACAGAAUUGAGAAGGAGUGAGGAACUGUAGACUUAGCCAGAACAGUUUGACUUUCUAGUGAACUGACUGCAUUUCUUAAAAAUAUUAAAUAUGUACUCUUAAAUGAAACAUGCUGUGUAACGGUAAUUGUAAUAAAUAAAAUGUUAUUAUUGCCUCUGAGAGCACUGAAUCUAUCAUUUUCAUUUUUGGCAUUAAUAUGUCUGAUUUGACUGUCUUUCAAAUUUAUAAAGCAAGUAAUAUGUAUGAUAGAUUUGUGUGCAAAGGUGGCAUAUUACAUGAUGACUGUA